GUGCCGCCGGCUGCCCCGGGGCUCCGGGACCGGCCCCGAGCCGCCGCCCGCCGCGGCCAUGCCCUCCCCCACCGACUCCAAUCGCUCGCUGACCGGCCGCAGCUCCCGCAGCCUCACCCACCUCCGCCUCCAGCGCACCUGGCUGCAGGUCCUGCUGGUCCUGGGUCUCGUGCAAGCCAUCCUGGGCGUCCUCAUCGUCACCUUCAGCCUGGUGGCGGCCACCAUCACUCCCUCCACCAAAAUCCGGCACUCCUGCCCGUCCUGGGCCGGCUUCUCGCUGGCACUGUCCGGGCUCGUCGGCAUCAUUUCCUGGAAGCGGCCGCUCACCCUGGUGGUAGGUGCUGGGGGGGACACCCUUCUGCAGGCGGGGGAGUCCAGGAUGGGGGGAGGCCGAGCGACCCCUGGUGCCUCUGGGUGUGCUGGCUCCCUGCUCCGCCGCCCUGCGCAGCCAGCAGCCCCUCUCCUCCCGCUGCAGAUCGCCUUCUUCACGCUGCUGUCGGUGCUGGGCGUCAUGCUGAGCCUCGCCGGCUCCAUCCUGUCGUGCCAGAACGCGCAGCUGGUGAAAACCCUGGAGGCCUGCGAGAGGGAGAGGGACACGUGUGUGUGCUGCCAGGCCCGUUCAGAGCCCCCACCCGCCUCCUGCAGCCAGCAGAGCGAGAUGCUGACCAUGUACCCCAACCCCAACUGCCGGAGCAUCCGUGUGGCACUCAAGGAUCUCCUCUUCAGUGUCUGCGGCUUGACCAUCUUCUCCACCAUCAUCUGCACGCUCUCUGCUGUCGUGUGCUGCAUCCAGAUCUUCUCCCUUGACAUUGUCCACGUGCUGGUCCCACAGCGCUCGAGCUCUGUGACAUUGGAAUGCACGUCCCCACCUGACACCUUCCUGCAGAGCAUGAUGGACUUCGAGGAGUUUGUGCCCCCAGUGCCACCACCCCCCUACUACCCACCUGAGUACACCUGCAGCUCUGAGACGGAUGCACAGAGCAUCACCUACAACGGCUCCAUGGACAGCCCUGUGCCCCUCUACCCAACCGACUUCCCCCCGUCAUACGAGACUGUGAUGGGGCUGCGGGGAGACAGCCAGGCCACCCUGUUCGACUCGCAGCUGACAGAGGGCUCCCACAACUGCACCUGCGACCGCGUCCCCUCCAUCGUGCUCAGCGGAGAAGUAUCCAUGGACAGCGGGUCCCUGAUCAUGUCCGAGAUCAUGGACAUCCCCGGGGACAGCAGCCCCUCGGAGGACUCGUGCCUGCUGGAGCUGCAGGGCUCCAUGCGCUCCGUCGACUACGUCCUGUUCCGCUCCAUCCAGCGCAGCCGCGCCGAUUACUGCCUGAGCGUGGACUGCGUGCAGUGCAGCCACCACGCCCGCAGCCCCACGCUGGGCUUGCAGGGUCCCUUCGAGGAGAGACCGCAGCCCCGCGUGCGGGGCGAGCGAUCCUACUCGUGCUCCACCGCCGAGCCCGGCCACGACGGCAUCUUGGUGGGGGGAGCGGUCACGCACAGCUGCAAUCGGCUGGCGGGGCCGGCGCGCUGUGCCGGACCCUGCUUCCCCGAGGUGCGGCUCAAGGACAGGGGAUCCUCGCUGCAGGGGCGCGGCGCUGGCCGCCCCUCGGACACCGGCACCGGCACCGGCACCGGCCGCCCCCGGCGCAACAGCGAAACCUCCUGCCCCUCGUCCCCGGCCCCGGCGCUGGCCCCGCGCCCGCUGCUGAGGUCACACAGUGACCCCGGUGUCCCCACGGCCGGCCACGCUGCAGAUUUCAGGGAAGUACUUUAUACCAAAGCACUGGAGGACACCGUGUCUGACUCCUCCGCUGAUACAGGGCUGUGCUCUGAGGCCUGCCUGCUCCGCCGUCCCCACUGUGACUCCCCGCCGCUGCUCCGGGCCGCCUCGGUGGGGAAGAACAAGCUGCCACCCUGCAAGAAGGUGCCACAGCAGCUGUCAAAGACAACCACCCGCUCCCUGGGGGAUCUCAAGGGCUACCGGGGCACCCGUGGGCUGGUGGCCAGGUUCCUGCAGAGGCCCAAGCGCAGCCUGGCAGCUGGCAUGGAGGUGUCUGGGCACAGCUUCCAUGGGCACAAACAGGUCCCCUGGAGCGCCUGGCCAGGUGCAGAGCGGCCCCAGGAAGGAAUCCACCUGCAGAGCUGCGGGGACCUGAGCUCCAGCUCGUCGCUGCGCCGGCUCCUGUCCACGCGCCGGCUGGAGCGCAGCCGCCCCCGGAGCCUCAGUGGGACCUGCAAGGAGAGCGCGCUCUGAGGGCACAGGGACCCUCCAGUGCCCGCCCCGGGCUCGGCCCUGGACAUUGCUGCUGCCCUGCUGGGGCUGGGCCCCUUCCCCAGGCGGGGCUGGGGUGAGGGGCUGGUCCCCUGGGGUGUGUGCUGGGGGGCUGGGACGGCUGUGCCUGUCCCCUGCCUGUCUGGGAUGGUGUUACGCCUGUUCCUUGCCCUGUUCUUCCUUCUGGACACGCUUGUCCCUCGCCCUGUCCCUUGUGCCAGCUGUGCCUAUUCCCUGGGAUGGCCACGCCUGUCCCCUGCCCUGUCCCAUGUUCUGGCUGUGCCUGAUCCACACGCUGGCCAUACCCUGUCCCCUGUGCCAGCCGUGCCUCUACCCUGGCAUGGCCGUGUCUGUCCCCUGUGCCCUGGGGCAGCCAUGCCUGUCCUCUGCCCUGGCCGUGCUGUCCUUUGCCCUGUCCCUUUGGCUGGCUACGCUGGCUUGAUCCCCGGUCUCUUGUGCCAGCCAUGCCUGUCCCUUGCCCUGUCCCCUCCACUGGCCGUGCCCAUUUUCUGCCUUGUUCUUUUAGCUGGCUACGCUGGCUUGAUCCUCGGUCCCCUGUGCCAGUCGUGCCUGUAUCCAGGAUGACCUUGCCUGUCCCCUGAUCUGUCCCUUGUGCUGGCCCGGUCACUGGCCCCCUGUGCCCCGGAACUGCCAUGCCUGUCCCUUGCCCUAUCCCUGAGCCUGUCUCCUCUCCAGCCCGUCCGGUGCCGGUGCCGGUGCCGGUGCCGGUGCCGGUGCCGGUCUGGCCGUGCCUGUUCCUCCCCGCCCGGCUGCGCCCGGGCAGCGCUGCGGGGCCGGUCCCGCGGCCACUGCCCCUCGCUAGAGACCGAAUAAAGGUGGUCGCCACC